AUGGUUCUAUUCAUCCUUCAAUUUUCCCAACUCCGGUUUCUAGCAACGAUGGACCUUGGGCUAAAUGGAAUUUCUGGCAAGGUUCCUGGGUUCUUUGCAGAAUUCCCUUUCUUAAGAGACCUUACCCUCCGGGCUAAUGAUUUUGAAGGGCAAUUUCCCACAAAUAUCUUCCUGCUAAAAUAUCUGAAACAUCUUGACCUGUCCUAUAACCCCAGCCUUUAUGUGCAACUACCAGAUUUCCCACCAAGAAAUGGUUUGCAAUCACUAAAUCUACUGGAGACAAACAUUUUUGGUGGCAUACCAGAUUCUUUUGUCCAUCUCAACUCCUUGAAAUUCUUGGGCCUUAGCAACAUAGGAUCUCACAAGCAGCCCAUUACCUCCAUAGCUAACCUUACGUCCCUAAAUGGAUUGUGGCUCUCUGGAUCAGGAAUAGAGAAGCCAAUGCUCUCUUGGGUUGGAAGAUUUGAGAAUCUGAUUUACUUGUCGCUGCAUGACUAUAAUUUCUCUGGUCCAAUUCCUUGGUGGAUCAGAAAUUGUACAAACUUGAUGAGCUUAUGGCUCAGACAGUGCAGUUUAUCUGGGGCAAUACCCACGUGGAUUGGGAACUUGGCCAAGCUUUCAGAUUUGAACUUAUCAUACAAUCGGUUGAGUGGAAAUGUCCCAAAGGCUUUGUUCACUCUUCCGUCGUUGCAAGAACUACUACUAUCAUCAAAUGAACUUUGUGGAAGUUUAGAAGACAUUCCAAACCCAAUAUCUUCCUUACUGUACUCCAUCGAGCUAAGAGAUAACAACUUUGCAGGUCAUAUACCCAAAUCUUUCUUCGAUCUUACAAGACUUCAAGUUCUCUUGCUGGACUCGAAUUACUUUGAAGGCACAGUAGAACUUGGCAUUAUUUGGAAGCUGAAUGCACUAGAUUUUUUGAUGCUCUCCGAUAAUAUUCUAUCAGUCAUAGAUGUUGAAGAUGGUUAUCCAUUGCCUUACCUCCCUCACAUCAGAUAUCUAGGAUUAGCAUAUUGCAACCUUACAAUAAUUCCAGGCACAUUGAGGUAUACAAAUCAGUUGUCUUACUUGGACCUUUCAAAUAACAAAAUACAUGGAGUCAUACCAAGCUGGAUAUGGGUGAACUGGAAGGAAAGUAUGUUCGAACUAAAUCUCUCAAACAACAUGUUCACUAGCUUGGAAAACUCUCCAUCUCUUGUUCAAAUGGACAAUUUAAAAAUGCUUGAUCUUAGUUCCAACAAGCUGCAUGGCACCGUACCUAUACCAGUUACAACUACGUCGUCUAGUGCUUUGUUAGAUUGGUCAGACAACAGCUUCUCUUCUAUUAUACCUGACUUUGGUAGGUACCUUCCCAACAAUACCAUCCAUCUUGAUUUGUCUAGGAAUAAAUUAUAUGGUAACAUUCCAGGGUCUAUUUGUACCCAAAAGCAACUUAAGAUCCUGGACUUAUCAUACAACAACUUUAGCGGCAUGAUGCCAGCGUGUCUAAUAGAAGGUAGCAGUUUAGGUAUGUUGAAAUUGAGAGAUAAUCAUUUGCAUGGGAUACUACCUGAAAAUAUUGGAGAUGGAUGUAUGCUUCAGACAAUUGAUUUGAACAACAACCAAAUUGAAGGGAAGAUACCAAGAUCAUUAUGUAACUGCAGAAACUUAGAGGUCCUUGACAUUGGUAGCAAUCAAAUUCUUGAUACUUUUCCAUCUUGGUUGGGUGAGAUGUCUAAUCUACGAAUUCUCUUCUUGAGAUCAAAUCAAUUAUAUGGUUCAAUAGGAGGCCUUGCUGAAAGUGAUGCGAGUAGUAAGGACUUCUCGGCUUUGCAGAUUAUUGAUUUGGCCUCAAAUAACUUUUCUGGGAGCUUGAGUUCAAAAUGGUUUGACAUGCUACAAAGAAUGACAGAAAACUCUAGUGACAAGGGUAACGCUCUGGCCUUUGAUUCAAGAUUUCCUGGGGAGUACUACCAAGAGAGACUCACAUUCAAAGGGAUUGAUCUUACAUUUACCAAGAUCCUGACCACUUUCAAGAUGCUUGAUUUCUCAAACAACGCAUUUGAUGGUCCCAUCCCAGACUCAGUUGGGAAUCUUAUUGCUCUACAUGGCCUAAACAUGUCACAUAAUGCCUUCACUGUGUUAGAAGGGAUAGAGGGGGAUUGGUGGAAUUACAUUGUAACUCUAGCUCUGCUCAAACCUAAGGAUGUUGAAUGGAAACAAGCAAACUUAAACCAGGAACCAACAGUAGAGGAACCAGCCCAGGAACAAGCAAUAGAGGAACCAUAUAUGAUGAUAAGAGAAGGGAGAAAUUACUUGCAAAGCGAGGAUCCAGGAGCAGAUGAACCAGUCCAGGAACCAGCAGAGAUAGGGCUGGAUCUGGACAGCAGAACCAGUGAAGAGGGAGAGCUCCAGAGGAGUGGGCAGUUCUCUCUGGAGCGAAACUGA